AUGUGGCUGAGCCUGCAGCUACUAUGCACUGGCGGCGGCGGAGCUGCGCGCUUGAACUGCAAGGCUAUGAGAUGGCAGAAUGAAAUGAAGCAGUAUGUGACAAUCAGCAGGACAUGCAAGUAUAUUCGGAGUGCUCGAGGCGCGGACAAAGACGCGAAGCGGCUAUUGAAAGAGGUCCAUACACUCUUGUCGAUCCUUCGCGGCCUUGACAGCCUAGGUGCUCAGAUUGACAAUGCCCAGCUCAGUACACAUAUCUCGGCCGAGCAGAUACAGCAUUGCGCUCAGACGCUGGAAAGGAUCAAGUCCAAGCUCCACGUCUCCGACCCAGCAGUUGCAGGAUCCAAAUACCAAAAGUUCAAACGGACAUUAGAAUGGCCCUUCACAUCAUCCGAGACGAACGAGAUACUGGACGAUCUUGGUCGGUACAAGGUGACUUUCGACCUGACGAUCUCGAUGGACGUGCUGGAGCUAUUGCUUCUUAAGUCUUCAGUACACGAUGAGACUUCUGCAAGGGUCAAGCAGAUCGCGAGUAGCACUCUCGCACUCGAGCGAAUCCAGCUGUCGAAAGAACGGAGGAAGGUGCUGCAGUUCUUCACAGCACCGAGUCUCGCUUCUACCCAUCUUCGAAAUAUGAAGAUGCGACAUCCAGGGACUGGCGAAUGGUUCAUCCGCAGUCCUGAGUUCGAGGAAUGGCUUAAUGGACAGAAUCACCGCCUCUGGCUGUAUGGGAUUCCUGGCUCGGGAAAGUCUGCCAUGGUAGCAUCUGCGAUUGACGAAACGAUCAAGCGAGCGACGCCUUCUUGUGGUGUGAGGACGGUGUGUUCAUCAGCCCAAAGAACCAUUCGAAGGUCGUACAUUGGCUGCUGGUCGGGCAGCAUAUGGAGCGACGUUGCUUGCUCGAUAUUCCAAGGACAGCCGGUGGGACUUGACCGCGAAGAACCACAGAGCAUACAGCAGGCGUUUGUUCUCGAGGGGCUGCAGUGA